UCUGUGCGCGGUGCGUUUUCCUCGUCGACUUGCAUGGAGCCGUGCGUCAAACCCCUCCCCUCUCGGGCUCUCCCUGUGCUGUGAAACCAACGCGUCCUCUGAGCGCCAAUGGGAAGGUGGAACAACAGGUAGGCGUCCACUAACUGAGUCUCUCGGAUCAGUCAAUCGGUGCUUUUCGGCUAAAUAAGUGGACCGAGCAGCACACGAGCCCUGAGGCCUGAGGCCCAACUUUACGCAGUGGUUUCCCCAAAGUGCCUGGAGCGGUAGCUGUCGGAGACGAGACGGACCACAGAGAACCGGUGUGACAUGUUUCCUGACUAGUCAAGUGGAGAUCAAUCACUGGAAGAUUCGCAUAUUUGUGACAUCAGGCGCGCGGGCAUCUUUCUGUGGAUACUGUGUUAAAGCUGCAACAUCGUCUCCACCACUAAACUUCCUGGGGAUAAAGACACUGAGACACAGCUAAUCCAAAGAGGUCAGACAUCCCUCUGACCCUGAUCCUCUGCAGCAGGACAUGGAGGUCCUGCGGAGGUCUUCUGUGUUUGCCGCAGAGGUCCUGGAUGUGUUUGACCGCUCGCUGACUGAGAAGGAGCUGGUGUCUCAGUCCAAAGCCCUGUGCAGGGACUACAUCUUGUCCAGGCUCAACCACAACGGCCUGGGAUGGUCGGAGUCUGAGCUCAACCUCUCUCCCUCGAAUGCGGCGCUCGCUGAGGUUUCUCUGGUCCUGCUCUGUCUUGGCGACGAGCUGGAGUGCAUACAGCCCUCUUUGUACAGGAACGUGGCGCGGCAGCUCAGCAUCUCUGUUGCCAUGGAGAGCAUGGUUUCGGAUGCCUUUAUCGGCGUGACAACGGAGGUCUUUGCCACAGGUAUAACAUGGGGGAAGGUGGUAGCCAUGUAUGCAGUGGCUGGAGCCCUGGCAGUGGACUGUGUCAGACAAGGACGUGCGACCAACGUUCACAUCAUAGUUGACAGUCUGGGACAGUUUGUCCGCAAGUUCCUGGUUCCUUGGUUGAAGAGACGGGGAGGAUGGGCAGAGCUUACAAAAUGUGUAGUAAAGAAAGAACUCAUCCCUGAACAGCCGUGGCUGUCGUCUGUCGUCGAGUCCCUGAAGUACUUCCUCACCACGAUAUACGUCUACAUCAUGAAGGAGUCAUGAACAGUCGAGAGGGAGCGCUCGGGAGACACAGCGUGAUUGUUUGAUUGGAGAAAUAGAUCUCGGACUUAUCAAAAGCUGGAGCGGAGAUGGUGAUUGAGCCCGAUGGGGACUCGGCCUGCCCGCAGACAUCAGUCUGUUGCUGACGGGCCACCAGCAAAUGUUUCAUCAGCAUCAUGUUUGUUGUCUCAGGGGUCCGAUGGGUGUGCAGGUGAUUACCCUUCAUCCAAAGAGUAGUCACCAUUAUAUUUAAGGGCAUAAAUGGAAAGGAACAAGUGUGUCUCACUUCGCCUCCUCUGUAUAUUUUCCCUCUGCUUACGCCAGUGCAGUAAAAAACAGGCUUCUCCCAUGUUGUGAGUGUGAUGUGUGAUGAUGUUCAGUGAGCUGUUGGGGGCUGUUAAUACUCAGUCGGAUGUUGUGAUUUCACGUUUGUCUCAGGAUAUUACACGUAGAUGAAAGAGCGAUGAAAAAGGUGGACGCUUUGUUCGCAGUGAAAAUUGAUCUUCAGCUGGCUGGGUCUCUGAGAAUUCUGAGUCUGGGAACAACUCUCAGGGUGUUUUCACUCAGAAGAGCAAUAUCAGGUGGUAUCAACGGCUGGCACUUCAUGGGUUUGCACUUUUGUACUCAAUCAAAGCACAGCGUGUCUCUUUCCUGCUAUGACCCAAAAUGUUGUAACCUAUUAAACCUUCUGGUGCCGCUUUUACUGAGAAAUGUCAGGUCUCGCUGUGCCCAUUUCUGGCCAAAGAGCAGAGGCGUGAUAUGUACUGACUGCACAUGUUUUGGCGGGUAUUCAUUUCCUUUUUAAUUUGUAAAUAGGUUAUUUAUGAUUUUAUAUUUUUAUUAUGACAGUAUGAAGAGAAUGAUUGUGUGAUAUGCCUUAAGGUUGUUACUCUCACAGUGUUAAUUUAUAAAUGUGUGUCUGGAAGUUUUUUAUUUUAAUCCACAAUAAACUUAAAUCUUCAGACCUUGA